GGACCAACGGAAGUGAACGCGGGAGACAGUGUGUGUAGCAGAAGCUAACGCUGUGUUCAGCAUGGCUAAUCUGGAGCAGUGGGUCAGCGACCGGCUUCAUGACAUCCUGGGCCUGAGUGACAGAUAUGUAGCCCAGUUCAUGAUCGGCCUGGCACGGAAAUCCUCUGCCCCACAGGACUUUGUGGAAAGGCUAAAACAGACUGGCACUAUUGAUAUCGAUCAGAGAAUAACAGCAUUUGCUCAGGAGUUAUACAACAAGGUUCCAAAGAAACAGGUUGUGGAGAAAGCUUCAAGGGUUUUAGAGCGACAGGUCAUGGAGAUGGAGAGGAAGAACAGGACCUACACUCUUUUGGAGGACAGUGACAGUGAUGAAGAGGUGCACAAAGACAAAGGCAAGAAGAGCAAAGACAAGGACAGAGGGAAGAAGAGAAAACACAUCAGAAAAAGAGAUGAAAGUUCCUCAUCCAGCGAGGAUGAAAGGAAGAAGAACACUUCCAAAGCCCUUUCGAAUGAUUCAAGGACAACACAGAAAGAGGAAGAUGAGGAAGAGUGGGAGAAAGAGGAGCGAGAAAGACUGCAAGAUCUGGAAGAGAGGGAUGCCUUUGCAGAGCGUGUAAAACAGAAGGACAAAGACAAGACCAGACACAUACUUGAACGAAAUGACAAAAAGGCAUAUGAGGAGGCACAGAAAAGACUGAAGAUGGCUGAAGAAGAUCAGAAAAAAAUGGUCCCUGAACUUCGGAAACAGUCCCGGCGGGAAUAUUUGGCCAAACGUGAGCAGGAGAAGCUGGAGGAUCUAGAGGCUGAGAUUGCUGAUGAGGAAUACCUGUUCUCCAGUGAGAAACUCACUGACAGUGAAAGAAAAAAACUGGAUCACAAGAAAAAGAUCAGAGACCUGGCAAAAGACUAUAAAAAAGCAGGAGCAAAGGAGAAGGAGGAGAGGAAAAACCGAUACUAUAUGCCAGAAGAAAAACGUAACAAGGAUAUUCCUCAGAGGGACAUGGAGCUGGAGCUUGAUGAGGGCCCUAAAGAAGGUGGAGGAGAGCAGGGGCGCUGGGAGGAAGCGCGGGUUGCUACUGCAAUGCUGCAGUUUGGUGCCAAAGAGGAAAGAGAGCGGCGUAUAAAGGAGGAGAAGGAGAAGUACCAGCUAGUGCUUGAGGAGGAUGAGAUGAUUAAUUUUGUGAGCACUGCUAUUACCAUGAAGGGAACACUCUCUGAAAAGAAUGUUGAACCUGAGCUUUCUCAGGCUGAGAAACAGAAGCAGUCCCUUCAGGAGGUGAGACGCAGUCUGCCUGUAUUUCCCUACAGAGAAGAUUUACUUGCUGCUAUCAGAGACCACCAGAUCCUGGUCAUUGAAGGGGAAACUGGCUCUGGUAAAACAACCCAGAUUCCUCAGUACCUCAUGGAGGAUGGUUAUACUAAAGGAGGAAUGAAGAUUGGGUGCACCCAGCCUCGAAGAGUUGCAGCUAUGUCUGUAGCAGCCAGAGUGGCUCAAGAAGUGGCAGUUAAGUUGGGAAAUGAGGUGGGCUACAGCAUUCGUUUUGAGGACUGCACCUCUGAACGCACUGUGCUUAAAUACAUGACCGAUGGAAUGCUGCUUAGAGAGUUUCUUACUGAACCUGACCUGGCAAGUUACAGUGUAAUCAUCAUUGACGAGGCUCAUGAGAGAACGCUACACACAGACAUAUUGUUCGGGCUGAUCAAAGACAUUGCACGUUUCCGGCCUGAUUUAAAGGUGUUAGUGGCCAGUGCCACUCUGGACACGGAACGGUUUUCCUGCUUUUUUGACGAUGCGCCUGUCUUUAGAAUUCCUGGACGCAGGUUUCCUGUGGACAUUUAUUACACCAAGGCUCCAGAGGCUGAUUAUCUGGAGGCAUGUGUGGUUUCAGUACUACAGAUUCAUGUUACACAGCCUCCUGGUGAUAUCCUUGUGUUUCUCACAGGACAGGAAGAGAUUGAGGCUUGUUGUGAGCUGCUGCAGGAGAGGUGUAGAAGGCUUGGCUCGAAGAUCUCUGAGCUUUUAGUCCUCCCCAUUUAUGCCAACCUGCCCUCUGACAUGCAGGCCAAAAUAUUUAACCCAACACCACCCGGAGCUCGCAAGGUUGUGGUAGCAACAAACAUAGCUGAAACCUCCCUCACCAUUGAUGGAAUCAUCUAUGUGAUUGACCCAGGUUUCUGCAAACAAAAGAGCUACAACGCCAGAACAGGGAUGGAGUCUCUGAUUGUUACACCAUGUUCACGGGCUUCAGCCAAUCAGCGGGCAGGCCGAGCAGGUCGUGUAGCUGCUGGCAAAUGUUUCAGGCUCUACACAGCCUGGGCCUUCAAACAUGAGAUGGAGGAAAGCACAGUGCCUGAGAUCCAAAGAACCAACCUGGGAAAUGUAGUCCUGCUAUUGAAGAGUCUGGGUAUAAAUGAUUUGAUUCAUUUUGACUUCAUGGACCCUCCUCCACAUGAAACGUUAGUUCUGGCUCUGGAGCAGCUAUAUGCCCUUGGUGCCCUUAACCAUCUUGGAGAACUUACUAAGUUGGGUAGGAGGAUGGCUGAGCUUCCUGUGGACCCCAUGCUGAGUAAAAUUAUCCUAGCUUCUGAGCAAUAUAAGUGCUCUGAGGAGGUAUUAACCAUUGGUGCAAUGUUAUCUGUCAACAACGCCAUCUUCUACCGGCCCAAAGAUAAAGUGGUGCAUGCAGACAAUGCCCGAAUGAACUUUGUGGUGCCAGGGGGAGAUCAUCUAAUGCUACUUAACGUAUACUCACAGUGGGUGGAGAGUGGUUAUUCCACUCAGUGGUGUUUUGAAAACUUUAUUCAGUUCCGCUCAAUGAGGCGAGCGCGAGAUGUGAGGGAGCAACUGGAGGGGUUGAUGGAUAGAAUCGAGGUGGAAGUGUGCAGUGCAAAUGGUGACAACGUCUGCAUACGCAAGGCGAUUACAGCGGGUUAUUUCUACCACACAGCUCGCCUCAGUAAGGGAGGCUAUAAGACGGUGAAACAUCAGCAGACAGUGUAUGUGCACCCCAACAGCUCACUAUUUGAGGAACAGCCACGGUGGCUCAUCUACCAUGAGCUGGUCUUUACCACCAAGGAGUUUAUGAGACAGGUUAUUGAGAUAGAUAGUGGCUGGCUUCUGGAAGUGGCUCCUCAUUACUACAAGAACAAAGAGCUGGAGGACAGCAGCAGCAAGAAAAUGCCUCGCAAACAGGGUAAAGCUCGAGAGGAGUUGGGCUGAACACUGAGAGCGAUACGUCUUUCAUAUACAGGCCUGAGCUGAAUGAGCCUGGCAGAGACUUUAAGCAACAGCUGAAGAACUCUCACUGUUCGGGCCAUGGUACUGUGGUUUGUGGAACUGAACUGUGCUUAUGGUGGACAAAAACCUUUUUUUGAAGUUGGUAUUUCUAUUUGGUUCUAUAAGUUCUAAUAUGUUAACAUUGUUAAAAUGGCAGUAACACUGCAACAAUGACUGCAAAAUUAAUUCCACCCAAUUCUUGUUUCUUUUGGUAAAUCUGUUAUAAUUGGCUGUAAUUAUGAGUUUUUUGAAACUCAUAAUACUAAAAUAAAGCAUUUUGUGCCAUCCCAUUAGAAGAAUGCUAGGCAUGCUAUGAGCUACCCUGUUCCAUUAAUAAACACAGUGUACAAUGGGUGUAUAUUAGGUUACCUAUUAGUGUGCAAUUCAACUGCAUACAGACUACAUUUUUACUUGGCAGGUUUAUAGGCUAAUGCAAAAUAAAUUAGACACCCUUGGUCAAAUUAAUUUUUUGUUAUAUUUUCUAAGAGUAGACACAAUUAUUCCAGGAGCACACUUAAGCAAAUAAUAAGGCACAUUUUUUCCAAGUAUGGAAAAUUCAACAGAUGCAUUAAAAUUAUGCACUACAAAUUUCAGAUAAAACAUUUGUUCACUGAGGGUGUAUUAACUUACUUCUGUUUAGCAAAUCAGCAAAACAAUAAAUUUGACCAUGGGUGUCCAAACUUUUGCACAAGACUAUUUUGUGUACUAAUAUGUUUGUAUUGUAAAUACAUUUUUAAAAUCCAUGUCUCAUUGGUCAUAUUUACUCUGUAUUUUAAAUGCCUAAUAAAUCAAACACUGGCCAAGGAACCAAACUCAAGUUCAUUAGUCCAGUUUGGAAUAGCUUCAUGCACUUCUGGUGUCCCUUAUAUGUAGCAGGCUAAUUUAGUACUAGGUAA